AUGGAGGCACCAGUUAUAGGUAUAACAGUAGUAGAGGGUUCGAAGUACAGUUGGAGGAAAGUGAAGGAGGUUGAAGAAUUAAGUGAAGGUGAAGGGAAUGAAACAGCAGGUAAUGAAAAUGUUAAUUCGAAUGGAGAAUCGCAAGUAGGAGAACGAAGCCGUAAACAUAGGAAGACAAAGACAUCGGUUGUUUUGAGUGAGGAGUACGAACAGACGUGGCGUCCUAAGGCAACCAACAAGGAUAAAUUAUUUGAACUGAUGUCAAAAUGCAAGGGAGAUCCAAUUAUAAUUGAUGUUGAUGGGAACUUUGCGACAUUGAGUUGUUGCAGAUCAUUGUCUCAGGCCCGUGGUCGAUUAGAUGAUAAUUAUGUUCGAGUUGCAGCAUGUCUUUGUGUGAAAGUGUGGGGGUGGCGAUUUGGAAUUAGAAGCAGGAGGUUGAUGCUGGAUCCAACAUUUGCGAUAAGAGUGCUGCAAGUAGAAGGAGAUAACUGGGAUAGUGUUGAUAGGAUAAUCCACUCCACCAUCAAGAACACACCAGUUGCGUCAUCUCUUAGGAUAAGUGUGGUAUUUGUCCCUGUUAUUGAAGACGGUCAUUGGUGGUGUGCCGCCUUCUCGGUAAACAGGGAGGAGGUGAUGAUCAUAGACUCCAUGGAAACAAAAGAAGCUGCAAAGCUGCAUCACGUAUCAGAAGAGGCAUUGUGCUACGCAAUGGACCGGUAUUUUAGAGCUGUCGACAGUUCCUGGGAUAUCGGGGCUGUGAGCAGAUGGCCGCGUUCUACUCUAAACAUGAAGCAGCAGUCGGACUUGCAUAGCUGCGGAGUUUACAUGUUGUUAGCUAUCAAGCACAAUGCCGAUCGUUUUGUGGAGAGUGUACAUUUGAAUGACGGCGACUGUGGAUUUUUCAAAUGGGCGGACGACGACCACCAUGUACAGAGUCUUUCGGUGUCGGAGAUGGAACUAGAAGCAACUGCGAUUGCAUUAAAGGCGUUGAACGAGGAGAAGGAGGUUAUGCAGAAGCGAAUUACAGAUUUGAAGAAGAUUAAUCAAGAUUUGUUGGACUCCAAUAGAAAUUUGAAGAAUGAAAUAACCAACUUACGGAUCGAAGUCCUCAAGUCUGGCAGAUCUGAGAAAUCAGCUAAUUUCGCUUUUUUCAUUUCUUGGGUUGUAUUUGCCAUUGCACUUUACUUGAAGGAGUAA